AAAGGGGGGGAUCCUCUCCUCUCCCCAUUUGCAGAGUUAGGAAUAACAAGCACACAUCAGCUCUGCAUGGAGACGCAGCAGAAGUCGCUUUUGCAACAACGAGUCAGUGCUGAGAGCUGAUAAGGAUCAGCGGCUCCUCCCCCCGUAUAGAGAGCGAGAGUGAGACCGGCCGCUGCUCUCAGCUCUUACACUCAGCACAAACACCGGCGUUGGAGCUCCGGCUCUGUCCGCUCUGCUCGCUCUGCUGCAGCCUCGGCUCGGGAGCUUCGUUCUACCUACUGCGGAGCUCAAAGGACCCUGAGUGGAGCCUGAUCUGAGCCCGGGGAGAGAGGAAAACUUGCGCUCGUUGCUCUUUUUCUAUCAAAUCAUUUUGGGUGGGUUUGGGGGGGAUUUAUCGUUCCCGGACUUGCGAUUUUGUGGAUGUGACGGGAGAGUAGCUCCAUGCAGAGCCGGGAGAGAGGAGACGCCUGGAGGAAAUCGCUCGGAAGCGGCUACAAAUACCGGCCAAACUCACUGAAACUAGCAAUGAAGAGGACAGCCGCUGCUUGCUUCUUAUGGCUUUUCUUUCAACUUCCCAUACUUGGAUCUUCCUCCAAGGUGGCAUACAGGGUGCCAGAAGAGCAGCCACCUAACAUUUUGAUUGGUAGCUUAGCUUCCGACUAUGGCUAUCCUGACUCGAAACACCUGUACAAAUUGGAACUGGGGCACCCUUACUUGCGUGUGGAUGGGAAGACUGGCGACAUCUACACAACAGAGACUUCCAUUGACCGGGAGAGUCUGCGGGAGUGCCAAAACCUUGAACCUGGACAGAAGUGCUUUUUGGAGUUUGAAGUGUCCAUGACGGACCUAAUGUCUCCAGUUCCCAGGCUUCUUGAUGGGCAAAUAGAAAUCUUGGACAUAAACGACAACACGCCUAACUUUAAUGCCCCAGUCAUCACUCUGUCUAUUCCAGAAAACACCAUGGUCGGCAUGCUUUUCCCCAUCCCUGCUGCUACCGAUCGGGACUCUGGAGUGAAUGGUGUGUCUUCAUAUGAGCUUAUUGUGGGGCCUGAAGCUCAAGACCUUUUUGGGCUGCAAGUGGCUGAGGACCAAGAUGAAAAACAACCUCAGCUCAUCGUAAUGGGAAAUCUAGACCGUGAGCAGCGGGACUCCUAUGACCUGACUAUAAAGGUGCAAGAUGGUGGUACCCCAGCAAGGGCUAGUAGCGCUCUGUUGCGCAUUUCCAUCCUUGAUACAAACGAUAAUGCCCCCAAGUUUGAAAAACUGGCCUACGAGGCAGAGUUGCCUGAGAACAGCCCAAUGGGACACUCGGUGCUCCAGGUGAAAGCCAAUGAUUCUGACCAAGGCGUUAAUGCAGAGAUCGAUUACUCAUUCCACCAAGCCUCUGAUACAGUCCGGCGGCUUCUACAUUUAGACAGAUCCACAGGUCUGAUAACAGUCCAGGGUCCUAUUGACCGAGAAGAUGUUGGUACUUUGAAAUUCUCAGUGAUUGCAAAGGAUAAAGGAGCCAAUCCCAAAACUGCGCGCACCCAGGUGACCAUUACAAUUCGAGACACAAAUGACAACAAACCAGUCAUAGAAAUUCGAGGAUUUGGGCUUGUCACGCACCAAGGUGGAGUAGCUAACAUUUCAGAAGAUGUUCCAGUGGAAACACCGGUGGCUUUGGUGCAGGUCUCUGAUAUAGAUGAGGGGGUCAAUGCUGCUGUGACUUGUGUGGUGGCUGGUGAUGUCCCAUUCCAACUGAAACAGGUUAGUGAUACAGGCAGCGACAGCAAGAAAAAGUAUUUCCUACAAACCACCACAUCACUGGACUAUGAAUCGGUGAAAGAGUACACAAUUGAAAUCGUGGCUGUUGACUCGGGGAACCCUCCUCUUUCCAGCACAAACUCUCUCAAGGUGCAAGUGACGGACAUGAACGACAAUGCACCCGUCUUUAGUCAAAGCUUGAUGGAGGUGGUAUUUCCUGAAAACAAUGAUAUUAACGACCUAGUGAUGGAAGUAAGUGCAACUGAUGCAGACAGCGGUUCCAACUCUCGGCUUCAUUACUCCAUUUUGCCUGACCCAUCUGCCCGGGGCAUUUUUUCAAUAAACCCAGACUCUGGUCAGAUUCGAGUCAACACGGUAUUGGAUCGGGAACAGCGGGAACAUUAUGAUUUUCAUGUAGUUGCUGCAGAUAAGGGAAUCCCAAGUCUAAAGGGAACAGCUUCUGUUGUCAUCACUGUGUUGGACCGUAAUGAUAAUGAUCCCAAGUUUAUGCUAAAUGGCUACAAUUUCUCUGUAAUGGAGAAUAUGCCACGAUUGAGCCCUGUGGGCAUGGUAACUGUCAUUGAUGCAGAUAAAGGGGAAAAUGCUCAUAUUCAGCUUUCUGUGGAACCAGAUAGUGGAGAGUUUGUCAUCCAGAACGGGACGGGUACUAUCCUCUCCAGCAUCUCCUUUGACCGGGAGCAUCAGAGCACCUACACCUUCCGGUUGAAGGCGGUGGACGGAGGGGACCCACCCCGUUCCGCCUAUGUUGGGGUGACCAUAAAUGUCCUUGAUGAAAAUGAUAAUGCCCCAGUUAUUGUUGUCCCAUCUAACAUUUCCUACAAGUAUCUCACCCCUCAGACGCAUCCAGGUACACAAGUCAAUUGGGUGCGAGCAGAAGACAUGGAUACAGGAAUAAAUGCAGAACUUGUUUACAGCAUCGCUAGCGGUAAUCCCUUUGAACUUUUUCAAAUCUCUUCUAAUAAUGGUGAAGUAACCUUGGAAAAAGCGAUAAUAAGGAAACAUUAUGGCCUCCACCGCCUAGUUGUUAGAGUAAAUGAUAAAGGGAAGCCUUCCAGACAUGGCACAGCCUUAGUUCACUUCUAUAUCAAUGAGACCUUGACCAAUCAGACUUUUGUGGAGACUUUACUUGGUCACAGCCAGGACACCCCAUUAGACAUAGACAUUGCAGGAGACCCAGAGUAUGAGAGAAGCAAACAGCGGAGCAACAUAAUAUUUGGUGUAGUUGCUGGUUUUGUGGCAGUCAUUUUGGUCAUUGUGGUAGUGGUGGUGGCACGAUACUGCAGGCAAAAAGAAGCCAAGAGUGGCUAUCAAGCUGGAAAAAAGGAGUCAAAAGACUUGUAUGCGCCAAAGCAGGGCAAUAAAAACAACAAAAUCAAAAACAAAGUCAAAAAGAGCAAGUCUCCAAAGCCUCCCAAGCCAGUAGAAGAAGAUGAGGAAACUGGUUUGCAGAAGUCCCUUAAGUUCAACCUAAUGAGUGACUCUGUUGGAGACAGCCCGCGUAUUCACCUUCCUUUGAAUUACCCGCCGGGCAGCCCUGACUUGGGCCGUCACUAUCGCUCCAACUCCCCUCUGCCAUCAAUCCAGCUGCAACCGCAAUCCCCAUCUGCCUCCAAGAAGCACCAGGUGGUGCAGGAUCUUCCAGCCACAAACACUUUUGUUGGAACUGGGGAUAACAACUCUACUGGCUCUGAUCAGUACUCGGAUUACAGCUACCGGACCAACACCCAGAAAUACAACCACAAGCAGUUACCUCAUCGCCGAGUGACGUUCUCAACGUCCAAUCAGGCACCUGAUAUUCAAGACCCAUCUCAGCACAGUUACUAUGACAGUGGGCUGGAGGAGUCUGAGACCCCUAGCAGCAAGUCCUCAUCCGGGCCAAGAAUAGGGCCAUUAGCACUCCCAGAGGACCAUUACGAGCGUACCACCCCUGAUGGUAGCAUUGGUGAGAUGGAGCAUCCUGAAACUGAUCUCAGACCACUGCCUGAUGUAGCCAUGACGGGAAACUGCACGAUGGAAUGCACAGAAUAUGGACACUCGGAUACAUGCUGGAUGCCUGGCCAGCUUUCUCCCAACCACAGGCCCAAAAAUGCCCUCAAGCUCUCCACUUUUGUGCCUUACCAAGACAAGGGGAGUCAAGAGCAAAUUGGCAAUGGGAACCCCAGAAUACCAGAGGAGUGCAUUGGAGGCAACAACAACAGCACCACCAAAAUGGCGAACAUCCAGCUGUUACCGACUUACAGUGCCUUUACAAGUAACAGCCAUGAAUCAUGUACAGACUCCCCAAUGGAGGAAAUCCCACUCACCCAAACCACUGACUUCCAGCAUGCCACAACUCCUUCCUCUCAAUCUGCCAAGAGGGAAAUAUACCUGUGAGAUUUAUUUGACGUUUUAUUGGCAUGUAUUGGACCCAAGGAGUAUAGGGGGGGGGGAAAUGUGGAUGUUGCUGAUUUUAUCCAGGAACCUAAACCAAGCUGUCUUUUAAAUGAAGGAAAUUGAACAUAAAAGUAAUGACACAAUUAAUGCUUUAUGGUUCGUGCAAAUGCAUUUGGGGUUGAGCCGACAUAACGUGUAGUGGGGUUUUGUUUUCUGUUUUAUUUUAUUUUUGUAUUUUAAUGUAAAACUCCUAAUCACCCUCAACAUAGACAAUUCAGUGUCCUAAAGGUCAGAACUGGAUUUCGAGAGGGGAAGCACAUUUUUUAAGGAGUAGUUUUUAUAAAGGGAACAUGUGCAUUUGGUUUCUCUGCCCAGAAGAGAAACUAGAAAUGGAAGGAGGACUAAAUAAGCCAUUAUGGUUUGGUAUUUGUGAUUCAGAAUAGGGGGAAUGAUACCGUUAUUUCUGGUGCUGUCAUGUUUUUUGGUACAGAGCGCAAAUAUGCUCAUUGAUGCGAAUUCCUGUCUAGCCCUAAUGGCUUAUUCAUAAUUGAAGGCUUUUGUAGUUGGUCAAUCCUAGAGCUGAACGGUUUGGAACCAUUUUGUUCUGUAAACAUUCGCUCGGUAGACAAAAACGUCUGCAAUCAAUGCCCUGCAUGCUCCUUUUGGAGGUUAAUAGGCCUUCUAUGAUGUAGAACUGCAGAGCAAAAAAAAUCUAUCUUUUAGCAAAAUAAUUCCAUUUUUUUUUUAUUUUUUACAAAGUCGCCUUCCAUACAAUAUAUAUAUAUAUAUAUAUUGUCCCCCCCCCAAGCUCACGCCAAUAAGUAACUGGAUCCCUCUUAUUUUAUAUGUUUGAAACAUAUUGGCAUAGCCUGCUAAUUUCAUCUUGGCAAACAGUAUGUCCUGCAAUGUGAAGACUAUGGCAGCUGGGUGGUUUGAUCACUUCUACUUGCAUUGAAAAUGCUAAGAGCCAGUCCACAUGGGCACAGGCAUGUUAUUUUAGGUGAUAAUCACAGCCCUGAUGUGGUUUCUGUUUAUAUUUUUGGAAAACAACUUCAAGCCAGUAGCUCAACAGUAACCGUGAUCAAAACUACCCAUGAGCCAUAGUAAUUACCACUGCUCAUAUAAGCAGCGGCAUAUUGUUGCGUCACAAGCCAUAUUACGUGACACUGAAGAUGACCUCUGCUUUGAAAAGGGAUUCCCAUACCUGCUUACGACUCAAUUGACUUAAUACCCAAAGGUGAAUUAUCUGUAAGAUUGUCCAUCUCAGGACCUGCUCACCUGAGUUUAGAAUCUUGACCGCAGAAACCUCUCCGAUUCUGAGAUCCUUCUUCCAAACCAUUUUAAAGUUUCGUUCAAUAUCAACAUCUAGUUGACCACUAGUUAAUUCACAGCAACAAAAGCCAGUAAUUUAUGAAUGAUUCCUGUUGCGUCUUCAGUUUUUGUAGCUAGGCAGUAGAGCGUUUUUGAGAGGAUCAUUGUGGAGUAUAUACCAAAGGUGCCAUCUGAUCAUGUGGAUGAAUGCUUAGGACAGCCAGAUGGGGACCAAGCUAUAGCUGCAUAUCCAACGCAUCCGUAACAGGGUAAGCUGCGAGUUUGACAGGCCUUUUCAUGUAGACUUCUGUAAAUACAAUCCCUUUGAAUGAUGAUCAAGUCUGCCUGAUUUCAGCUUUUUAUCGUUGUAAGGAGCAUUUGUUUAUUUAUUGUGGUUUCCGUUCAACUCUGCAAAGUGUUCCAUAGCAGCUGGGCCACUUUGGACAACUUCAGAUAGGAUUGCAUAGAGACAGCUGUAGAUGGUGUUCAUGAUUUUCGCCCCCGUGUUUUCACUUAUAUAAUUUUUUUUCCCCAUUCUAUUUUAAGAGAGAAAGAAAACACUUGAAAACCAACGUAGAAUAUUCCAGUUCCACAUGUGCUGAUUGAUUAGGCACAAUGUACACACACAAGGGUGAGCGUAGUUCUAGCCUUUUUUGGAAACCAACUAGAUCAGUGCUGUCCCAAGAUUUUUCCAUGUCAUGGGCCAAUUUCUUAUGGCUAGGGGCCAGAUUAUAAUAAAACAAUGAUUUUAUAUAAAGAGUUCUUGGGCGUAGACUUAAUAGAUGGCCACAUCCAGCCUAGUGGGAUUGGCCUUCAAUUAAUCAACCCUGAACUAGAUUAUGGUUCUCUUUAUUGAUUAAGCAGCAUCCACCUUAAUAAAAUUGCAAGACCCAUAUGUUUAAACCAAUAGAAAGAUGUUUUAUAGUAAUGCACCCUGUGGGAUGGGAAUCCAAAAAAUGCAUUUCGUUGCUCAGACCGCAGAAGGCUUGUAUUUAUAAUGUAAAUAAGCACCCUGUGCCUGCCAGAGUCCUGUAUUCAACAACAGCUGAUUAUGGAUAUGGCACUCCUUUCUAACAAAUAAUUGGACCUUGAAAAUGUUGUAUUGACUUGGGCCCCACCAACACUAAAUAGACCCUGCCAGUAGCCAUCACUUGUCCUUUUUUCACUUUUCCAAAAACACAGGUUCCACUUGAAAAUAACCUUCUACAUAGCCACCCUGAAUUUUAUUCUUCUUUUUCAGGUUACUUUGCCUCUUCCUUUCCAGUGACUUUAGCCAUGGAGCGUCUCGCAAUGUGUAAUGCUCUAGAAAUGUGUGAUCUGAUUGGUCGUUUAGUGCAUGGGGAGCUCUUUCAUUCGUAGCUGUGCUGCAUAUUAAAUCCUUAUCUGUUAUGGAAUUGCACUAUAAUUCUUGAUUCAUCCAAUUUCUCUUGUGCUAAGGUUAAUGUAGACCGUUAUUGCUGAUAUUCAGAGAAAUACCUUGUGGUUAUGUAUGCAUUGAUUACGUUAGUCAUUGGAAAUAUAAAUAAUCUUUUUAGGAUGUUUGGGUUUUUUCUUUACUAUCUAGGAAAUAUGUUUUAUAUAAUGGAUGUGCCCAUAUAUACCGAUUUUUUUCCCUUCUGGAGGAAAGCAGAGGACCCACUGUGCCACUGAUAUCACCCAGGGACCUUAAAAUGACUGAUCUAUUAAGAGCCCAUCCAGAUAGCGACUUUAAAACAUCUUUUAGGGUAUCGUUGUACAUAAACCCAUUCUUGGGAUGUCUUCCUUGUAUGACUAUCAAGGCCUAGACCAAGGGCACUGGACUCUGCCUUUCUUUACAUUUUCAUUUGCAGAGGUAGAAUGCCUCGUCUGAGCCAAUCAUCUUUCACUUAUUGCAUUGGUUGGACUCAUCUUCCAUUAUAGCCACAAUAAUCUUUCUGAAAAUUCACACCCAGCAGAAUGGACGUCCCUGACCAAAAAUAUAUAUAUAUAUAUAUAUAUAUAUAUAUAUAUAUAUAUAUAUAUAUAUAUAUAUAAAAAUGGAAGAAAAAAAACAACAAAAUGAGAAUGAACUUGUUUCCACAUGCACAAUGCUCCACAAUGACAGUCUAAUAUCCUUUAAGUACAUUCUUAAUUAUCACCUGCUGUUUCCUUCCUUACGUCACUCCCUCCCAUUCCCCCCCAGUAGUCUUUCUCUACUUCUCACUUUCGCUGUAAUGACAAACAAAGGAAUUCUGGAAAACCUUCAGGUCUAAAUCUUUAUUAAGUCGAAGUCUUUAUUAACACGCACCUAGGACUUUGGUCACUCUUCAAUGAGCUUGAUUAUAGCUGCAUUGGGCGGGGUUUAUAAUGAGUGAAUGUUAUUUUUAUGUCAAUGAAGCCUAAAACAAUAAAAAAUCUUCAUUCACAGGGUAUUUUACUAUGGUACAAUAUGGAGUAAGAACACACACAAAAAGAAUGACUGGGCCCCAUUCAGACCGCUAAGUGCAAGAAACCUCUUUUAAAUAAAAAAAUGAUAUAUAUCAGGUUGUGCAUGAGUAGAGGAAGCAUAUAUCCUGAAACUUGAUUGGAGGGCAUAGCUGGACCAUCUUAAAGCCAUACUUGCUUUGUCUCUCUAGUAAAAAGUUGGGUUCAUGGCAUUUCCGUCAGUCUCUCACAUUCCUAGAACUUGCCAACUGUGUGGAUGUAGCUAUUUAUAUGUUUCACAUAAUGUGAAUAGAUGUAUUAAUAGUGUGUCAUUACAAAAACAAUUUUUUUUAAAAAAAAAAGCAAAAAAAGGGCAAUGUUCAAAGUACAUAAAAAUGUGUGUUUGUUGUAGACCAGGCUGUUUUUCCAUGUACGGUAUUCCAUUUUUUUUUAUUUCUAUGCACGUCGAUACAAUUCUAAGGCAUGGAAGUUUCAACCUUGCUGAAGACAUUUACAGUCAGGCUUGCCUCUCAAGAAUGGGAUGUCAUUUAGGAGUUGAACCUGCUGGAGCCAAUAUCAGUACUACACGUGUCUUUUACUGCAUUAUACAUCUGAUUGAGAGGCGCCAUGGGAGGUUUCUUAAUGGAAAGAUUAGCGGCACAUGUCCUGGCAUUGAGGGGUUGGGUGGGUUGUGGAUUAAUGAGCUUCAAACCUGGCUAAGAUCUACAUACAGGAAUGAUGAGUAACCAUCGUUUUCAGUAUAGGAUAGUGCCAUUAACUGAAGCGUUCUAUAAAACGGUGUUGAAAAUAUUUAGGACAUUUAAGCAACCUUCUGAACUUUUUUGUGUGUCAUUCCAAUAAUUCCUGUUAGAUAAAUUCUAGAUUUGAGAGAGGCAGAACUGGUAGAAAGACCAGGUAGAUCAAAAGGAAAGACCAGUUGGCAAUUGUCUACCACUACAGCAUAUUUCAUCUUGGGCUGUUUUUUCAGACAGGUUUGUUGAGUCAAAACUUAUUCUAAUGGCAUUUAAAAAUAAUUGUAUCCAUGGCACAGUUUUGGAAUUUGGGUCAUUACAAAGUCUCCUUUGUAGGGUUGGAUGGAACCUUCUAAAAUCAUAUAAUUUUGAGCUCUAUGAUGUACUUCUAUCCAAUAAGUUGCAUCAACAAAAUGACUUUGGUGUAUGGCUGUAUGAUGUAACACUAGUGUGGGGGCUCUGAUGUUGUUCAAGACAUGAAAUGCAGAUGGCGCACUAGAAUUGGUACUUCAUCCAUUUUAAAUGGUCACACAUAAGAAAUAUGCAUGUUGGAUGGCUGCUUACCAAUGAACUGCCCAGUUGCACUGAAUCCAGAGCAGUCUGCAGCAUGCAUGCAAUUACAUUUCUAAUUAGCCAUGAUCUGGAGUUUGUGUCCAGUUUUUAGGGGAUUAGGUGGCAACCUUUACACUGUACAGAAACACAAAUUCAAACAACAUUUCUCUUGGCAUAUACUCACGGGCCUUCAUAAUUCACUCCCUUUAAAUUAUGUGUGCAAUAGGAGGAUCAGUGAGGAAGAAGACGGCAUUAUACUGAGACAGAUGCUAUCACUUUAAGGGGGUUAUUUAUUAUGCUGCAAAUAUCCAAAAUUCGAAUAAUUCGUAGUUUUCGGACUAAAAAAAAAAACCACUACGAUUUUUUUUGGAAUUUAUUAAAGCCUGAUAGUCUUAAAAGUCAGACUCUGAAAAUCCGGCAUCUCAAAGCUCUCGAGGUCCUGUACAAGUAAAUGGGGAAUUGAUUGAUAUCCAAUAAUUUUGGACCGAAAAAUUUAUAGUAUUUGCGGAAAAGUACGGAAAAAUUUGUCCUUUUCAGGCAAAGCUCCAAAGUUAUUGGAUUUUUACCCGACCCAAUUUUUUCGGAGCUUUUUAAUGAUAAAUAAGGUCCAUCGGAGUUGAUCAGAUUUUUAUGUUAGAGAUUCGGAACUUGAUUAAUAACCCCCUAGGUCUAUGUAAACAAACCAGGAUUUCUUCUGGAAAUGAUAAUUACCAAAGGUGAGACACAUACAAGUGAUGACACUGUGCCACAAAGUGGCGAGAUUUGGCAGAAAAAAAAAGUUAGUGUUUGUGGAACGCAAUGGCUUCAGAGAGAAUCCACAAAAUGAUGUAUUCAAAAUUUGUAAAACACAAAAAACAAAAAAUCAAAGCCUGAAAUUUGUAUUUUCAGUGUUGGUUCACUUUGCCUCUGGAGGUGUCUGCAAUGCAAUGUGUUGGCGACUCUCGUCCAACCAAUGAUGGGGGGAGGGGGGUUAACACAAAGAUUUAAUUUAACUGCUUGUGAUGCUGCCUUGUUUUGUACAGUUUUAUGUACAUGAAAGUGUUGCUUUUUAAUAUAAAUCUUUAAAGAAAUAUAUAUUAAAUCCCUCUCCGACAAAAAAAAAG